CUUUCACUUCUUCCUUUUCUUCACGAAGAACGAUCCGAUACCCUCUGAUAUACCUGACCUUGUCUCACAAUGCCUCCUUCAAAGAAGGGAGGCAAGUCUUCUGCCUCUUCCGCCACACGCAAGAAGCAGGCGGCCAAAGCGGCCAAGAAGUCCGGUGAGGACCCGAAAGCUGCUGCUGCUGCUGCCUCUGCCUCGGGAGCCGCUGGAACAAAUGGCUCGCAACGUGGUCAGAAGAAGGACAAGAAGUCGAAGAAAGAAUUGAAGAAUCGUAAAAAGGUCUUCAUUCCACCGCCAAAGCCUCCUCAGCCUCCACCGGAUCCGCUCGAUACGCUUGGGUUGGCUUCGUUGCUUCCGCCGGGCCUAGUGGUGCUGCUUAGGAAGGCGGCGAAGAAGGAUGUGAUUACGAGAUCCAGGGCGCUAGAGGGACUUUUGGGCUGGAUUGACGCCAAGGAUGAGGAGGGCGAGUCGGCUGCGUUGGGAGAUGAGGAAAGGGACAGUGCGCUGGUCAUGAUGCUCCCAUCCUGGGUACACCUCUUCCCCCGUCUGGCUGCCUCUCCUACUAGAAGGCUGAGGCUUAUGACGGCGCAGAUCCUGGCCAAGCUCCUGGAUAGCUCCCUCUCUACAAGGACUGAGCUACUUCUUGCGCCGCAAUAUACUGAGGCCAUUCUCGGUCCGUGGUCGACCCUGGCAUGGGAUACAGACAAGGCUACAUCCAACGUUGCUCGUGGCUCUUGGGACGAGGCUGUCUCCUGGCCGAGCGAGAGCGCAGAUGAGGGCUCGAAGCUCUACUUGCCCGACUACCUGGCCACCCUCGCCAAUUUCCUCUCCAUGCUGCUUCUGCAAGGCUCAAGCUCUACUUCACUUCCCACCUCCUCUGGCGAUCCGCAAUUGUCAAGAGGUAAUUCGUAUGCACCAGGAGUCGAUGGCGCAAGAGACGCCAAGAACCGCGAUGAUACAAAUGUCGAAGAAGACUCGAAAGCAGCUAAUGCAAGGCUUGCAGCAGCCGCACUAGGCGCCUUGACCUGGGUCUUGACCACUUACAAGGCAGCAGACGAAUGCGAAGAGCUCGUCAAUCUUCUCCACUCCGAUGCUCUUUGGACGGCACUGUAUGCUACGCCUCACAGUCAGUCUGAGGCCUCCCAGGUGCAGUCCUUCGGCGUCGACUAUCCUGUGACACGGAGCCGAGCCUGGGUAUUGCUGUCUACGGUUACUUUGCAGCAUCCGCAACUACUCGGCCAAAUUCUUCACAUUGUGGCGCCUAUCGCACUCGCAGCAGCUUGGGAGGAGAGAGAUCAGUCUGUCGUCAGAAACAUGCUCGAUGCCUUACUACCGAUGCUAUCGAAGCACAAUGAGGCAUGGUCCAUCAAGGGUGACACAGACGAAGAUAGUGAAGACGAGGACGACAGCUCGGAUGAGGAGGAAGGCGAGACUGGCGAGGCUGAUAGCAAUGCGCUUCGCAACCAGCCUGGCGCUCUGGCAGACUUCCAAGACUGGAUACAGAACGGAUGCGGAGGUUCGCCUCGCCUUGGGCUCCCUGCAGUGCUCGUUCUAGUUUCGACAAUACCGGCUUCGGUCCUUCCUCCUACACGCCAGGCAAUUGGCACCUUCCUCGACUUGUUUUGGUCCAGUCGCGAGGCCUCUGUCUACGAUACCGACAGGCUUGCACAAAGGGAGGUGCUGAAGAGCUUCGCCGAGUGCUCGGCGUACCUCAUUGGAAAGCUGAGCAAGAGCGACCUCGAGGCCACAGCGGACGUGGCUGCUGAGCAGCUCGGCAACAAGCUCUGGAGGGAGGAGGUGCUUCCAUCAGGGGAUGUUGAGGAAGGCGGCCGGUCAGCAACACUCGCUCCCUUGUCUCUGACACGGGCCCAAGAGGCUGUUGAUGAGCGGAUCGUCUCUACCACGCGGAACCUCGCAAAGCUGGGCGAGCAGGGCGUCGUGGUGCAGUCUCUUCUCGAUAUCCUCCGCUCGAGCUUGCAAGAGGUAGCAGAGGGGACUACUACUUGCCAGGCUGCGAGUAUUAGUCGUGCUACGAGUAUUCUGGCCUCAUUGGGCGCAGAGACUUCUCCACCGUUGCUGCAGAACUGGGCAAGCGAUCUGGUAGGCAAAUUGACAGAUACGAGUGCGUCAUCUCUCAACAGUGACUCAGAGGGUGCGGAUAUGGCAUCAAUUGCAUCUCGGACAGCGCUGCUGUCUGAUCUACUAAGAUCGUGGAAGGCGAGCGGCAAUUCGUCAGCAGUGGAAAACUUUGCCCAAAGUACCAUCGGGAAACUCGUGCAAACGACGCGAGUACCUUCCAAAGCCGCAGGCGAUUUCCUCUCAGCUUACCUUCUGGUAGCUUCCAAGGAUUCGGCAGGCAAGCAUCUUGUCGCUCUCAUCGAAGCCGCUGCAGGCAUUACCGACCCCAAGAUCAAAGUGCAGACCCUGCAAGCGGUACUAGAUGGCGUCCCUGCAGGGACUUUCUCAGAGUCAGAGUUCUCCACGAACACGAAACUAGACGAUGUGGUGCUCUCCAUCGCCUCGGAUAUCAACGGUGGCUCGGCUGCAGCGGACGGCGAGUUGUUGCUCAGUCGUCUCAUUGAUCAGCCAAGGCCCUUUAUCGAGACCGGAACUGUGAAUGAGGUGCUUGCACUCCUCAUUUCUCGUCUGCACAGCGUUGCACACGACGCCAUUGCAGGUGGUGGAGGGUCCACUUCUAGCUUUCAGCAGGCAGAGCGGAUAGCGAGCAUCCUUGCCAAGUGGUCCAAGGGAGAAGAGCAGAGAGCACAGUACCUCCUGGACUCCAAUCUCUUCGAAGCUGCAGCAACGGCCUCUUUCGGCCUGCACUUCCUAGCGCAAAGUUCAGCACCUGAGGCAGCUCAGCUGUGGAAGAAUCUCACAGUGUUACAAGAGGCCGAGAAGGUGGCUCUUUCCACGCUUCGCGAGAAGCUGGCUGACGUUCAGGUGGAGACCGUCAUCGUGCUGGAGGGCGCUCGAAGGUUCUUCGCCUCAUCGCAGACGACUUCGAGCCUUUCGAUGCUCGAGAUUCUGCCUUCGCAAGAGACACUGGACACUCUGCUGUACUCCACGGCGUCCUCUCUCAGAACUCCUUCAUCCCUCUCAAUUCUGGAUCCCCUGGCGGCAAGUGCACAAGAAGGGCGAUCGGCAGUCACCCACACUUACGACACCGAGGGACUCAGCGAGUAUGCCCGAUCAGCAUAUGCUCUGCUCCUCUUCCUCGAGGAGAGCCGGAGCGUUGCACGAUCUCAGCCUUGGGCGCUGCCCCACAUUGUCAUGCUUGCCCUGCUCUGCGAAGAUGAGAUGCACAUGUCCGGUGGAGCAGGAGGCCUGCUUCAGCCUGACAAGUUCGUUGCGUCUUCCAAGCAGGGAACGCAAUUGCGACUGUUGCUCGAGAGGUGUAUCAAGGUCAGCAGUAGUAUGCUGGCGGCCCUCUGUGGAUCUCUUCCUGAGACGUGGCAUACCUCUGCUACGGAAACUCUGCAGAAGAAACCCGAUGCAUCUUCUCAAAAUGACGCUACUCUGCAGAUUAUGGCCUCCUUAUGGCGGGCAAGUAUCGCUCAACAGGCUCCCAUCAGUACAGGUCACUUGACUCGCAUCUUCUCGCGCCUCCUCGCUGGAGUUCUGAGCUUCACGUCUGCGGGAGAGCAAGAGGGAACGAAAUGGAUGCGACUGGCUCAGGCUGUGGAGAGCAAAGCUCCUCAUCUGUCAGAGGCGAUCAUUUACCCGGCGAAGUCCUAUGUGUAUGACACGCCGCUGUAUGACCGGCAGAGGAACGACAUCGUCUCGCGAUUGGCCAGUACGCCGCCUUCGAAGGCUAAUGGGGAAGGUCUGACUCUUCUUCGUCUAGCAGUCGCCAUUGCUCCGCCCCCAGAGUCAAGCAUGGUCUUUGUACCACAGCAGAGGGUCGUCUUCCUCUUGCAGGGUCUGCAGAGAUGGGUCGCUAGUGAUGAGGAUCUAGACGAGGAGAUCAACACUCGUUUAGCAGAACUGUUCCUGCACGUUGCGCCACUAGUUCAGGAGAUGCCAGGCAGUCACCUUGACUUCUUCUACGACCUCAUAGAGUCCAACUUGGAAGUCUCUUCGUCUCUGUCAGAAGAGCCGGCACUGCCGACCUUGUUCCAUUCACUGAAGCUGCUGGAGCUUCUCGACGAGCUCUCCAUUCGCAACUCGCUAUUGAGAGACGUCUGGAAGGAGCACCAAGAGCCCGUGGUGGAGCUGCUGCAACCUCUCUUCAAGUCAUUGGCUUUGCCAGAGGAAUCUAGCAUCAGUCGAGUGUUGACCUCGAGCGUUUCAAUUGCCAAGGAGAUGACGGCAGAGCUUCUGGUGGGUGUAGUUCGUCAACACCAAAAUGCCUUCCAGAGCGAUGACUUCUACGCAACAUUCUGUGCGCUGCUCAAGAGCCCGAUGCGCGAAGUUCAAGUAGCUGCCUUCCGACUUUUGGCUGGCUCUAUCAGGUCGAAUGUACGAGAGCUGGUUCUGGAAUCAGCAUUAGAGAAGGAAGGUGACGAGAGGCCUCGCGUAACCUUGGCUCCUGCGCAGCUACUCGAGUCGGCUAGUCGGCGAAUUGAUGUCACUGCUGAGGAUCUCGAGGAAGAUCUCGAGCUGAGCAGGCAGGUGAUGAGCUACUUGCUAGCCUGGCUGGCCAUCUUCGAGCACUUCGAAGAGGCUUCCGUACAGCUCAAGUCGAUCUAUGCUGGACAGUUGCAGCAGGAAGGUCUCCUUGCCAAUAGUCUCCUGCCCACUGUCUUCUCCCUCUUGGAGCCGCGGAAGAGCAGGCGAAACAAGGACGGUCAGAUGGUAGGUCCCUUUGAUCCUGACCGAUACUCGGUUGACGAGAUCUUCGUCGAUCUCCUGGAACCCAAAGAUUCCUCCUCUCUCCGUCAACUCGCAACCCACAUCUACUUCCGAGCUCUCCUCUACACCCCUACUCUGGUGCGGGAGUGGUGGUUGGGGAUCAAGGAUCGUCAGCUCUCCCUCGGCGUUGCCUCCUUUACGACGCGCCAUUGCUCUCCUCUGAUUGCCUCUCGCGAGUUGGGUCAACUACGAGAGCCCGAAGCCCUCUCCCGUCUGCAGGACGAGGCGAUGAGUAUCCGUAUUCUUGGGGCCAAUGAGGUGGUGGGUACCUACACCAUCGAUGAGCAUCCCAUGGAGAUUGGUAUCAAGAUUCCUCACGACUAUCCUUUGCACGGCGUAGAAGUUCGGGAUAUCCGUCGCGUUGGCGUCUCCGAAGCACAAUGGCGUGCCUGGCUGCUAGGAGUUCAACAACUGAUCAUCUCUCAAAAUGGUCUCGUCUUUGAUGCGCUCAUGCUCUUCAAGCGCAAUGCCGAAGCCAAGUUUGCUGGAUUUGAAGAUGGAGAAUGUAGUAUUUGCUACUCGAUCAUUAGUCCAACGGAUAGGAGCUUACCGACAAAGCCGUGUAGGACUUGUAGCAAAAAGUUUCAUGCAAGUUGUUUGUUCAAGUGGGUUACGAGUAGCGGGUCGAGUACUUGCCCGCUUUGUAGGUCAGUGUUGUAGAGGAGGGAGGUGGAGUAUAGCAUAGCAUGACAUGGCAUCCGGUGGUAAGGUGAGACCGGAAAGUUCGCAGGGAAGGCGCGGAACUCUUAUCAUACAUUAGCAAUGAUCAUCAAUCUGUACCGAGACUUGUCAAAUGCUUAGAUGACUACUUCGAUUGCAUACCCACGAGCUGAUCGUCUGCCCAUCUUCUCCUGAGUGGCUGCUCUCUGACGGCUCUUUUCAUGCGAAAAGAGCUCCCCUCUCAUCCUCUGCCCCAAUCUCAAAUGGAUCCCUCACACUCCGGAACUGCUGUGCAUACCAACUUCUAUAAUCCCUCUUCAACACCUCUACCUCUCCAUGAAUCCCCGCCACCUGAUUAGCCAAUUGCAUAAAUGUCGAAUGCUGGAAAUAGAGGGUAUCGGAAA